CAACUAAUAAUGGUGCACUGACUUUACCAUUAUGUACUAGUAUUUAAUAGACUACUACAUGAACUGUAUUUUGAAGAUAAUUGAAAAUUGAUUUUCGCUGAUCAAGAACGACAUCUUGCAUUUCAGGUAUUGACUCGGACGUGAGCAUCAGAGUUAAUGCGGUAUCGCUGCGUCUAAGUCGGUUCGAUAGACGGACGUUAUUGCAUUCGAGCAAGAGAUCCAUCUAAACAUAAAAUAACCUGGAGCUGAAAUGACGGAUCAUCUGAAUAUGAAGACCUAGUUACAGGUCCGAAGCACACGACUUGUGGCAUCUAUCAUAAAUCAUACAUCAUGUAUGCCAAGAACCAAAUUAAACAAAAUAUCGAGCGUGGGCAUCUUCUGGAUAUGAAAAUGUGAUAUACAUUCUGGAGUAACAGCAUUGAAAAAGGAUCCACCAAACAUGUGCAAGUAGUCUAAUCAUUUAUAAGUGUGCUAAGGCGACCUGGCAUUCGCCCAGUUGAACGUGAUCAAGAUUUUACAGUACAGACAAAAAUACAGAAAAGCCUUCAUUACUGAUUUGAAUCUUGAGCACGAGCCUAGGCACGAGACGGCAGACCGUAGUUGGAAAAAAAAUCGAGGUCAACUGUAUGAGCAAGGAGCAAUCUGCGACAAAGACAAUAUUCAUGGUUGACAUUUUAAAAGCUUACCGUUCAAAGCGGUAAAAUCAUAUAUAAAAAGGUACCAAACAUUUGACAUUCACAAAUAUUGGACUUAAAGGUUCAGUAGUUAAUCAUAAAGAAAAGGCGAGCGACGAAUGACAAAGACCUCUUGUGUGUAGGAGAUGCAUAUGUCAAACAAAGAGCAACUUGAAUACUGCAUUUGAAGUGAUGGCGCUUAAUACUACCUUCGACAGUUGGCCAGCGAUGGAUAGUACCAACACAACCACCCCAACACCUAACUGUACACUAUGUAACGGGACCCUUCCAACUUUUGACCCGUUCGAAAACCUCAGUCUUCUGCCUUUCUACAUUUUCUUCUCUCUGAUAGCGUUGGCAGGGCUAGUUGGUAACCUACUGAUCAUCAUCGUCAUCUUAUCCCAACACAAGUCUAAGAGCGCUGCCUAUAUCUUCAUACUAAAUCUCGCUAUGGCGGACUUUCUGAUGUUAACCAUGGUACCAUUCCGUGUUACCACUUACAUCAUCAACCAUGCCUGGAUAUUUGGACACGCCAUGUGCCAGGUGUACUUCCUAGUUGUUGGUAUGAACAUGUUCAACGUGGUGUUUAUCCUAAUGGCUAUGAGUGUGGAUCGGUACUUCUCCGUCUCCCAGCCGUUUAGAUCGCUGGAUUGGAAGACAAGAAGGAAAGCGAAGUUUCUCUGCUUUUUUCUGUGGAUAUUCGCAGCUGUCAACGACGCCCCCUACGUUAUAUUCGCAGAACUGCAACAACCAUCACCAGGGUGGGACGUUUGCGGUUACGCGUUCCCGGGGCUCGGGGAUGACGCGGACUUUUGGAACCGCGUGUCUGAAAUUUACGUCACGAUUAUAUCCUUCAUCAUCCCCCUGCCGGUCAUCGCUGUGACGCACGUCUGCAUCAUCUGGCACAUGCGCACUAACCAGCCACAGGGCAAGAUCUCGCGACGGCAGUGCGAGAACGGGAAUCGGCGAGAACUGGACAAGACCACGAAGAUGGUGACGGCUGUGGUGGCAGUGUUUCUCAUCUGUUGGUUACCGAAGAACAUCGUGUACUUGGCCUACAGGUUCGGCCUGUUCGAUGUCCCGGAUGAGGUGACCAUCGCGGUGGAGCUGCUGCUGAUCGCCAACAGUGCCAUCAACCCCUACCUGUACACAAUCUUCGGGGAGCAGUUCAGGGACAGUCUUAGGGACAUGUGCUGUGGGAAAAGGAAACAGAUGGUACGUUCUACGCCCCCUGCUGCCCGGGAAGACAACAUACAUGUAGUAGAGUUAACUUCACAUGUGUAAUCAAGUUUUAUACAUUAUACAUCUAUAUUGGAAAACGGUUCAUUCUUGAUAAGGAGAUCAUCGUAUCAUUAGCGCUACUUGGUUGCAAAGUGGAUAAUACGAAGAGUGGAAAACUAUCUCUUUUGUCAGUUUGAAUGUACGUACAUGAUAGAUUUUUCAUUCCACCCUUGCUCCUCGGAAGACAACAUA